UGCUCACUAUACCAAAUUACCAAUACGGAAAUUAUAACUCCACUACAAAAGGCGCUUGAUCAAUUUAGUUUUUGUUCUCCACUCUAGAUCUCAUCUUCAAAAAUAAAUUACACCAAACUGAAAAUUUCCAUUUCCUUCUCCAUAUUUCAACAUCAAUGGCGGACGAAUAAACUCAAUCUAAGCUCAAACUUUCUACUAUUUAUUCUGCAACUUCUUGAGAAAUAGUCGAAAAUGGGAGUAGUAAUCGAUAGCGAAGUAUGGAAGCUAAAUCCGUCAGUUUUUAUCUUCAUAAUCGUCGCUUCAUUCUUAUCGAUUUUCGUCUUACCUCACUUCUCUAAUCGAACGACGUCGUCAAUUUCCGACGUAAAUGCGGUUUCAUCUUCUUUCUCCUUCAUCAGUUUCCAACGAAAAUUCCUCUUCUUCUAUUCUCUCUCCUCAGUGUUGGAAGGUUUAUCAUUGGUGUAUGGAGAGUUUGAAAUGGUAGAUAUUGGACUCACAAAGCAGCAGAUGAUAGUUUUGCUAUCUGCUGGAUGUUUAGCUUCGCUUAUUUUUGGUACUUUCUUAGGCAUGAUUUCUGAUGCUAUAGGCCACAAGAAAUUUUGUCUUCUAUUUUCCAUCCUACAUUUGAUCAUGGGUGUGUGGAAAACACUUGCAGCUCAUCCUACUGUAUGGAUAGCCAACAUCUGCUUGUCUCUUGCCAGCUCCAUAUUUUCGUUCAGUUUUGAAACUUGGAUGGUGCUUGAACAUGACAAGCAAGGGUACAGGCAAGAUGCAUUGAAUGAUACAUUUUGGUUAAUGAUUUUUUCUGAGUCAGCAUCUUUAAUUGCAAGCCAAGUUCUUGGAAAUUGGGCACUUGGCUAUGGUUCAAAGAGUUUAAUUUCUCCGUCAGUCAUAACAAUGCUCUUGGCAACUAUCAAUCUUGCUUUGACCGCCAGAGGAUGGUCAGAAUCUCCAGCAAGGAGAAGACUUAAGGAGCACAGAGCAGAGUUUUUUGCAUAUAUAUUUGGUGAUAAACGGAUAUGGCUUUUGGGAUGUGCCCAAGCUUGUCUUCACUUCUCUGUUGCUGUAUUCUGGAUAUUGUGGGCACCAACUAUAGUGGCUGAUGGGCGUGAAGUACAAUUAGGGUUGAUAAUUCCAUGUUUGCUGGGUGCAAGGAUGCUAGGGAGCACAGUCCUUCCUUGGACCUUAAGUGGAUUACUAUCACUUCGCAUUGAAGAUUACCUGUUGUAUGAAUUCAUCAGUGCUGGGAUUCUCCUGUCUAUUGUAGCUUAUGAUUACCAGGAAAUAGGAGUUUUGGUUGCGCUUUUUUGCUUAUUCCAGGCUGUUGCUGGCCUAAUAUUGCCAUCACUUUCAAGGCUAAGGACCAUGUAUGUUCCAAAUGAGUUCCGAGCUGGGAUGAUAAGCUUGUCUCUGGCUCCAGCAAAUGCUGCUAUCCUGUGUGUUCUAAUCCAGGGUGGUUAUUACAAGAACAUCUAUAAUUCUAGUAUUGCAGCCUUUGCUGCUCUGGGCCUGUUCUUGGCAGCGGGUUGCAUGCACCUGUUGAAGAAUUUAGGCAAACAGCCUCACCAGAGUUGGCACAAACAAUGAUCCUAGCCUCGCCAUUGAAGGUUGGUAAUUGCACCGGAAAGACAAUCUGGUUUUAUGAAAACUUGAUGCUGAUUAUAAUGUAAAAAUAGCCGAACAUCCUGCAAUUCUAGUACUCUCAUCAAGUUCAGAAGUUAAAACAUCAUGAGGUGAUGGAAAUUCUAAUUGAAUUUUGCAGUUUGCACCCUGGAACAGGCAUUCUGCUGGUUUAGCCAAAGUAUGUGGCAACGAACUGGAACUACCAGCUCGUCAGGGGUUUACCAAUUCUUUACAAAAGAUAGGUGUUUACUGCUUAUAGAUAGUACUACGUAGGAUGACCUUUUGUUUCUCCUUUUAUUAACUUAUAUGAAGUAUAUAUCUCCAUUUUUGCUGUAGCUGGUGCACAACAAUCAUAAUUUUAAUCGAGAUUAUAUGUACUAGUUGUUGAUGUUUUGACA